GUGGUGUGAAAUGCUAUACCUGCAAGCAAGAAUUUGGUCCAGAAGGCAAGUGUUUGUGAUGGGUGAUGUACUUUCUUUUCUAAUGUAGACAGACUUGCAUCAUGAUAGACGUAAGAUUGUGCUUGUGCAGACUAUUUUUAUUGGAACUACUCAUCAGCAUUAAAGCAAGUAAUGUGCAAGACACAUGUUCUACACAAAGUGGUGAAAUGUGCAGUAAAGAUGCCAUUCAUUCAAAAUACUCAGCAGAGGCUAAUGCGCCGCUGUCGUACCUAAAAACAAUUCAUAAUGCUAUCACAAAAUUUAAACCAUAUACACAGGAGAACUGUAGUUUAUACAUGUCCGUGAUUGAGAAUGAUCUACGUAUAUUUGCUAAAGGCAUUUCUGCAGAAAUGGUUGCUUCUGUUCGUAGUAAAGGAACCAAGUACCAAAUAGUGAAUCACCGCCUAUAUCGUGAUACCAACUGUAUGUUCCCUGCUCGUUGUAGCGGUAUUGAACAUUUUCUUAUUUUGCUAUUACCCAAACUCCCCGAUAUGGAAUUUAUCAUUAACACACGGGAUUGGCCACAAGUCAGGCAACAGUUUUCACAGCCUCUCCCAGUUUUUUCCUUUAGUAAAACUUCCGAGUAUUUUGACAUAAUGUAUCCAGCAUGGGGCUUUUGGGAAGGAGGUCCUGCAAUAAAACUGUACCCAAGAGGCUUGGGAAGGUGGGAUCAGCACAGAAAGUCUCUAGGUAAGGAAGCAAAGAAAUGGCCAUGGGAUCAAAAGAUAAAGAAAGCAUUCUUUCGUGGAUCACGCACAAGUAGCGAGAGAGACCCCUUAAUUUUGUUGUCCAGGGAGGAACCGGACCUAGUAGAUGCUCAAUACACUAAAAAUCAGGCAUGGAAAUCAAAAGCAGACACAUUGAAUUUCCCCCCAGCUGAUGAAGUGUCGUUGGAAGACCACUGCAGAUAUCGCUACCUAUUCAAUUUUAGGGGAGUUGCAGCAAGUUUCAGAUUCAAACACUUAUUUAUCUGCCAGUCGUUAGUGUUUCAUGUUGGGGACGAGUGGCUGGAGUUUUUUUAUCCGUUGUUACAACCCUGGGUCCAUUACAUUCCUGUUGACAGUUCAUCAACCGAAAAUGAUAUAAGGCAGUUACUGCAGUUUGCACUGCAGCAUGAUGAUGAAAUGCAAAAGAUAGCAAAAAGAGGCAAUGAGUUUAUAUGGAAUCAUUUACGAAUGGAGGAUGUUAUUUGUUAUUGGGAAGUUCUUUUGCUCAAGUAUGCAGAGUUAUUGAAAUACCGUGUAAGGCAUGAUAAUACUCUCAUAGAAAUAAAAUAAUAGUAUAGUCUAUUUGGCAGUUACCAAAAUGUUAUCUAUUAGACCAAAGCCACAUACUAAACUAAUUGUUUUCAGGAUAAUUCAUGUAUGAGC